AUGAGCGAUCCCAGAAAGCCAGUCGAGCCUCUACCACCGCGAUGGAAACCCAACCCAGACCCUAACAGCAUCGUCGUGCCUGGACUGGACACCGAUGCCUCCGUGACAGAUCAAAUCGAGCAAAUUGAGCAGCUGAUCACCAUCAAGCUUCAGAAUAUCGAUGAGAAUUUCGCAAAUAUACAUAACGUACUUGCGAAUAGGAUCUUGCCGUCGAUUAAACGGUAUUCUGUUGGAACUGAACCCGUUCGUGAGGCGGCCAAGUUUUGGACAUCCUUCUAUGAACAGGCUGCCCAAAUUCGCAUUCCAACCUUUGAAGAUCACUCCACUGUGAACGAGAUUCCGGAACCCGAUGAAACCACGACCGACGGAGAAGAGGACCGCACUGCACGUUCACAAGACUCGCAUGAUGAGCAGGAGGAACAGCGCUCUGUCUUUGAGCCAAGUCUUGCUCAAACGGACGCUUCAUUUAUGCCCAGUCAGGCCGUAUCCUCCACACCUGCUACCGGUCGGGUUGCCAACACAAUGCAAAGCUUCGUUAGCGAAGGAUCUAGUCAACCUUCCUGGGCAAACACCAUGGAAUCACCGCUCCUCCGUCUCAAAUCCGAGAUUGAGAACUUUUCGGCGGAUGACAACAGUGCCUUCACGCCUGCCCCUGCUGUUACCUCUUCGACCAGCUUCAUCCCCCCAACUCCUGCCGACCGAACCGACGUCACCAUCCUACCACCUUCCACCAAAGGAAAGGGCAAAGCCAAAGAACAGGAUCCUCUCCUCCGGAACGUGUUGCGGCACAACUUGUAUGCUAAUCAGUCCGUUGACGAAUUCAACAGCAACAAGCCUGUUUCUCCGCUCAAAUUCAAAGCAAAACCCAAGACGCCGACUAUCCCGAAGACGGCCAAUCCUUACCUUCCUCCUGACACCAACCCAAGCCAAUGGAGCGGCAUUGUCGAUCUCAGUGACGCUUCCGCGUUGACACCAAAGACGUACCGUUCAGGAAAGAAACCGUCAUCGAACCGAGAUGCGAAGACACCACAAGUCGAUGAUGAAGACUCGGACGAAUCAUUCGAUGGCCUUCCCAAGGGAAUGUCUCCCCCAGUCCUUAUGUCUCCCGCACGCCCUCCUCGGUCAUCUGCAGAGCUUGGCCUACUCAAGCUGGGCCAGAGUCCCUUGAAGCAAGCCGCUGCGCGCCUCAAGCAAGAUCUCCUCCGGGACGUGCAUACCAACAGUACGUUCAAGGCUAAAGGAUACUACAGCAACAACAACCCUGUGGAGUCCAGCAUGAGCACUGUUCCCACUCCCCCGUCGCUUUCGCGAUACCGGAGCACGGAGGAGAGCGAUAGCGUCGCAGACUCGACAUUGGAAAGCAUGCUUCGACGGGUCGGGCUUGACGGUCCUUCGACUGCUGGCUUGGCAUCCACGCCAGGGCUACGUCUCCGUCCCAAGCAUGCAGCUGCCGGGGAUUCUAACAAUGUGCAAUCGGCGUACGACAGCUUGGGUGAAGACGACAGUCUACCACCUAUCCAGAACCCAUUAUUCACCCCUGCCUAUAUGAACGACGACGACUUUGGUCUUGAUUCGGACUCAGCGGAUUCACUGGACAUGGAAGAUAUCAACAAUCCUUCUGCUGCGUUCUUUAUGGCCUCGCAUGGGGUUGCCGGGGACGAUGACUCUUUCGGCUCGUCCAACCACUCCAGCGACUCCCUUGUCGAUGAUGAUGUAGGUGGGAUAGUGCCAGUCCAUCCGUUCGCAGGUUCUAUCGAAGAUGAUGGCUUUGACGACGAUGACGAUUCCUUCGAUUACGACAACGGAGAAACACAAGAAGAGACUCUCUUUGGUGUUCCCCCAGCGCAAAGAAUGCGGGCCGCUGCUGCUGCCGCCGCUCAGCAACAGGGCCAAGGAGGGCUUCGCUUACUUGGUGAAAACCUGCUGGACGACACCAUUGGCGCCCAGAUUGUGGCAGGACAUGGGGGGGUGGCUGAAACGCCGACGCCUGCCUGGGGCAACGCGGCGCCUUUCCGUUAA